AGAUAACAUGGGAGUAACUUGACAUACGAUACCUGCUCCUCGAGUUCCGUUACCUUUGCGGAAAUAACUCGAGCAGAGAGCGGCUACUUCCGCCUUGUAGCUGCUUUUCCUGACACAUCAAAAUGACGGCCACUUUGCGGCCCUACCUGAACGCGGUGCGAGCCACACUACAGGCCGCCUUGUGCCUGGAGAACUUCUCUUCUCAGGUGGUUGAGAGACACAACAAGCCCGAGGUGGAAGUACGAAGUAGCAAGGAGCUUCUCCUCCAGCCCGUUGUUAUUAGCCGCAACGACAAGGAGAAAGUCCUCAUUGAGGGCUCCAUCAACUCGGUUAGAGUCAGCAUCGCCGUCAAACAGGCUGACGAGAUCGAGAAGAUCCUGUGCCACAAAUUCAUGCGCUUCAUGAUGAUGAGGGCGGAGAACUUCUUCAUCCUGAGGAGGAAACCAGUGGAGGGUUACGACAUCAGCUUCCUGAUCACCAACUUCCACACGGAGCAGAUGUACAAACACAAGCUGGUGGACUAUGUCAUUCACUUCAUGGAGGAGAUCGACAAGGAGAUCAGCGAGAUGAAACUGUCAGUCAACGCCAGAGCUCGCAUCGUCGCUGAGGAGUUUCUCAAAAAUUUCUGAAACAGAAGAAACAUUCCCCUCGAGUGUCAGUGUGAGAGAGAGAAGACAUCAUCCAAGAUGACAAAUAUAAAUAAUGUUUGUACUGUGCUUCUUCUUGGUACAUUUCUAAUCCGUGUUGAUGAGCACAGGCUGGAUGUGUUUUCCUUGACGAUUGAAAUCCUUUGUUUUUUAAUAUAUAUUUUAUUGUGCUAUGCUUUUUGUUACAACCGCGAUGCAAUCAAUUGGUGCAUGAUAUGUCUUAUUACAGAGUCCAACCUAUUGUAGAUUGAAAUCAUCCAAAAUAAUAAAUAUACUCGCUAAUAGGGAAAA